AUGUCGACAUCUCCCGAAUCCGGUCCGGUGUUCGGGCAUGUGUCACCGCCGGCGGAUGACAGCCACUUCAACUUUACCAACGAUACCGAAAGCACGAGCGACCUUUCCGACGUUAAUGCCGCCGAGGCCGACCCGAAUGACGACGCCGACGCCCAGUCGUAUCAGCCUGCCGACGAGGCUGUCUCGCCGAUACAAAAACCCGAGUUGACGCUCGAGGAAGCGUCCGAUUCAGCAAGUGAUAACGACGCGUCAGAUGACGGAGACUUUGACGCCCCCGAUAGCCCCAGGUCCGCUCAGAGCAACGAAGUCGUGUCUGCCUCGUCGUCCCGUACCGUCGUGAAGCGCAAAGUCGCCCACGCGACCGAGGAUGAUUACAUCAGAGAGAAUCCUGCCCUGUAUGGGUUGAGGAGGAGUUCACGCCCUACACAACGCCGUGCGCAGAUCAUCGACUCAGAUGAGGAAGAUGAACCAUCCGAAUCGGAUGCCACACCGGUGUCUAGAAAGCCUGCGAAGAGACGUCGGGUUGAACGCUCGUUGCCUGCUUCCAAGCGUGGCACUCCUGCUCGCCAACCCUCAAUCGAUGAUUCCGACUCGGACACAUAUGGAGGCGCCAAAGCCCGCAGCUUCCAAAGAAAGGUCCGCAGGCAACAAGAACAGGACCCUGCCUUGGCUUUUAGCGAAAAGAGAUGGUCUAGCCGUCGGGCGGCCCAGGUCUCAGCCGGCGCCUACCAAGAAAGUGACGCAGAAGAAGAUGAAGAGGACGACUCCGAGCUUACCCCCAACUACUGGUCUGCCAAUGUCGAGGAUAACUCGCCAUACAUCGAGAAAAUCCUCGGUCAUCGUCCUAAGGAGGGUGUCGAGGUCACAGUGGAUUCUACGCGACACGACUUUGAAUACUUCAUCAAGUGGCAGGGACAAUCAUAUCCCCACAACACCUGGGAAACUACGGAAACUGUCGCAGGCUUCCGAGGCUUUCGCCGCCUCGAAAACUAUUACAAGAAGGUUGUUGAGUACGAACUGGAGAUGCAAUUCGGUGGCGACGAUAUCAGUCCGGAGCAGAAAGAGCAGUGGUACCUGGAUAGAGAACGUGAGCAAGAGGCCCUCGAAGACUACACAAAGGUCGAGCGCGUUGUGGCUGUCAGAGACGGUGAUGAGGGCACCGAGUAUUACAUCAAGUGGAAGGGCCUGCAAUACGACGAGUGCACCUGGGAAGCCGAGUCUCUCGUGGCCGAACUUGCUCAGGACAAGAUUGACCAGUUCCUCGACCGAUGCAACCGGUCAUGGCAGUCCGACCGCAAGCAAACUAACCCCGAUACCCGGUCGAGGAUGACCAAAUUGGAGAAGCAGCCUGACUAUAUCAAGGGCGGCGAGCUUCGCGAGUUCCAAAUGAAAGGCCUUAACUUCCUUGCUCUCAACUGGGUAAGGGGCAACAACGUCAUCUUAGCCGAUGAAAUGGGUCUGGGAAAGACUGUCCAAAGCGUCUCGUUCCUCAGCUGGUUACGGAAUGAACGCGGCCAGGAAGGACCGUUCCUUGUCGUCGCUCCUCUUAGCGUCAUCCCCGCUUGGUGCGAUACCUUUAAUCAUUGGGCUCCGGAUCUCAAUUACGUCGUUUACCUGGGCCCGGAGGCAGCUCGGUCCAAUAUCCGAGGUUACGAACUUUUUGUGGAUGGUAACCCGAAGAAGACCAAGUUCAAUGUCUUAGUCACUUCCUAUGACUACAUCUUGGCCGAUGCGGAUCAUCUCAAGAACAUCAAAUGGCAAGUUCUCGCUGUUGAUGAAGCCCACCGUCUCAAGAACCGAGAGUCACAGCUCUACAUCAAGCUCAACAACUUCGGCGUUCCUUGCAAGGUCCUCAUUACCGGCACACCCAUUCAGAACAAUCUAGCCGAACUCUCAGCCCUCCUCGACUUCCUUAACCCCGGAAAAGUCGUCAUUGACGAGGAGCUUGAAGCGUUGUCUACCGCAGAUAACAAAGGUCCGACUGAUGAAGAACAGGAUGAGGCCAGGCGUAUCAGGACUCAAGAGAAGCUCCGCGAGUUGCAUCAGUCAAUCGCUCCUUUCAUUUUGCGUCGCACCAAGGAGACAGUCGAGUCGGACCUUCCCCCCAAAACCGAAAAGAUCAUCCGAGUUGAGUUGUCUGACGUGCAACUUGACUACUACAAGAACAUUCUCACGCGCAACUAUGCUGCCCUCAGCGACGCGAGCAACGGCCACAAGCAAUCGUUGCUCAACAUCAUGAUGGAGCUGAAGAAAGUCAGUAACCACCCGUACAUGUUCCAGGGUGCCGAGGAGCGUGUCCUCAACGGCAGCACACGCCGUGAAGACCAGAUCAAGGGUCUCAUUACAAGUAGCGGCAAGAUGAUGCUUCUUGAUCAGCUGCUGGCGAAACUUAGGAAGGACGGACAUCGUGUUCUGAUCUUCAGUCAGAUGGUCAAGAUGCUAGACAUUUUGGGUGACUAUCUCCGUGUUCGCGGAUAUCAAUUCCAGCGACUCGACGGUACCAUUCCUGCCGGCCCAAGACGUAUGGCCAUCAAUCACUUUAACGCCGAGGGCAGCGAUGAUUUCUGCUUCCUUUUAUCUACCCGUGCCGGUGGCCUUGGAAUCAAUCUUAUGACGGCCGAUACUGUCAUCAUCUAUGAUUCGGACUGGAAUCCCCAGGCCGAUCUACAGGCAAUGGCUCGAGCUCACCGUAUCGGCCAGAAAAGACCUGUCAAUGUCUACCGCCUCGUGGCCAAGCAGACUAUUGAAGAGGAAGUUGUAAAGCGUGCCCGCAACAAGCUCUUCUUGGAGUAUCUUACCAUUCAGGCCGGUGUGACAGAUGAAGGCAAGGCUCUCAAAGAGCAGUUCAAGGAGCGCGGCCUCAAGAUGGACGAGGCCAAGACUGCUGAGGAUAUCUCGAUGAUCCUCAAGAUGCGUUCCCAGAACCUGUUCGAGCAAUCCAGCAACCAGCAGAAGCUGGAGCAGCUCGAUAUCGAUGCUAUCCUCGAGAAUGCCGAAGUGACCAAAACUGAUGUCGAUGACAAAAUCAACCUGAGCAGUGGUGGUAUCGACUGGGAUAACUGGAUGCAGGUCACCGAUGUCAAAGUUGACGAUCUCGCUCUUGACUGGGAUCAGAUCAUUCCAGCCGAGCAGCUUGCUGCGAUCAAGGCUGAGGAAAAUAGAAAGAAAGAAGAGGAGUACUUGGCAAGAACAAUAGAGGAGAAUGCUCCUAGAAAAGCUGCGUUGAAAGGCUCCAAAAAUAGCGCAGAAAACGAUCGGGCUGAGCGUCUGGCAAAGAAGCGACAACGCGAGAGGGAAGAGCAGGAAGAGCUCGAAGAGCAGCGUGCAUUGCUUUCAGAUCCCAAACGCCCCCUCAAUGAGAAGGAAACCCGAAACCUUAUCAGGGCCUUCUUCAGGUACGGUUCCUUGGACGACCGCGAAGAAGAGGUUGUCCAGGAUGCUCGCCUCAGUGAUAGAGAUCGGGACUUUCUGAAGUCUAUUAUCGAGGACCUUGUCGUUAUCAGUCGCCGCGCUGUAGAUGCGAACAACGAGAGACUUCGCGAAGAAGAAGCCAGGGCUGGCAAGCCACUGGCGAAGAAGGAUAAGAAGGCUGUACUUGUCGAUUUUGGCGAGGUGCGGAAAGUCAACGCAGAGACUGUCGUGGAGCGACCCCCUCAGCUCAAACUUCUGCGCCGCGUCCUCCGGGAGCACGCAGACAUUCUCAGUUUCAGGCUUCCCGAAGCAUCCAAGGCUGCCGCAUAUACUUGCGACUGGGGUGCACGUGAGGAUGCCAUGCUGCUUAUUGGAAUCGACAGGUACGGAUUUGGUGCGUGGACGCAAAUCAGGGACGAUCCUGAGUUGCAGAUGCACGACAAGUUCUUCCUGGAGGAGCAUCGUGUCGACAAACGGGAAGAACGAAAGAAGACGGAGGCUGUAGGGAUUCAAUCCCCUGGUGCUGUUCAUUUGGUCCGAAGGUCCGAGUAUCUCCUGUCUGUUCUGUUGGCCAAGCACUCUAAUGAUGCUGCCGCGAAGAAGGCAGUGGAGAACCACCAUCGGAGCAAGAAGCUUCUCACGAACAACGGCCAUCGACGCGGUGAAGCUAGCUCUAUCUCCGGGUCCCCUGCACCAUUGGGCGUUAAAAAGUCUAUUCCUCACCGGGACCACCACCAUCGGACUCUCAGCAACGCGAAUGACCGGGGGACCCCCAGGCCAGACCACAAACGGAAGUACACAGAUGAUUACGAAGAGCGCAGCUCGAAGCAUCGUCGGGUGGAAGACGAACGUCGUGGUACAGAUAGCAAACUCGACAAGAAGAAGGACAAGGCACCCAAGGUCGAUCCCGAAACAUUGGAGAAAUGGAAGCGGGACAGGCAGAAAGCGGUGGAGCGCUUCCAUGAACUUGCCAAGUUGAAUAAUGAUGAGAUCGAUAGCUCGGACAACUUCCAACUUGUUUGGUCUCUACUUCGGCCCCUCAAAGCGAACAUGGAACGCAUCAUGUACUCUAAGGAACGUUUUCCUGCGGCCAAAGAACGCGCCAAAAUUCUGGGAGAGGAGAUUCGGGCAUUUGGUAAUUUCCUUAAGCAGCUGGAGGAGAAGAACCCGCUGGAUGGUUUGGAGCCACAGUUCUGGGAAUUCCUUUCUUCGAUCUGGCCCAUCGGUGAGGUCAAGGUGUCGGGCCGAAGACUCCAGCGCAUGUUCGGCGACCUUUGCAAAAAGGAUAGCGAGAACAAGGAGGAUAGAUCUCAGAAUCUGAAGAAGCCGAGCCGCCAGGAUCUGGAAGAUGGAGAGAUUGCCAGCGAUCGCGACGAUCGAAGAUCUCGUGACCCUUACCGCGACGACCGGCGCGAGGACCGGCGCGAAGAGCGACGAGAGGAGCCUAAGCGGCGCCCGAACUAUUACGAGAAUGGCGAUCGACUCAACUUUUAUCGCCAUCGUAGGGACAUCGAUAGGGGAGCACCGAUUCGUCACUCAUGGCAGAGCAGCCGCAGUCCCUCUCAGCAGCAACGGCCUUACUAG